ACGGGGGUCCUCAGGGCCUGAGACCGGGUUCCAACCUGGCUUCUCGGGAUGUCGGUGGCCUUCGUACCGGACUGGCUGAAAGGCAAGGCGGAAGUUAAUCAGGAGACGAUCCAGCGGCUCCUGGAGGAGAAUGACCAGCUCAUCCGCUGUAUCGUGGAGUAUCAGAACAAAGGCCGGGCGAAUGAGUGCGUCCAGUACCAGCAUGUGUUACACAGAAAUCUCAUUUAUUUGGCUACCAUCGCAGAUGCCAACCCCACCAGCCCUUCAAAACCAAUGGAAUAAUCUUUCAGCUGGCUCUCAUAAGGAGUAAUUGAGGGUAACCCAUUUCCUAUGAAGUAGAGAUAGGAUUUUUACCAACUCAACUGCUUGAAACAUGAAUGAAACCUCUGUGACUCUUUUAAAAAUGUGAAAAGGUGAAGAAAGCUACUAAGUUAACUGUAUUCGCAGCGUAAAUACUUAUUUUAAUAAUUAAGCAGAUUAAGUUGACUCCAGAUGUCCUCUUUCCUGUUUGGAUGUUUCGAUAACAAAGAUAUCAUGGGCAUCUCCAAUUCAACCUUUUCAGUUUCAACCUGAAGAGGAAACCGAAUAGAUGUUGGGCAAUCAACAGGAAUUGGCAAGACUCCUAACUGAGGCCCUGCCGAAUGGAUGUGUAACUGUGUGCUCCCUCCUACCAGUUUGUAGUUGUGGACCUGACGAUUUUUUUCAGGUUGCUUUGAAAUAAAGCUUGCCUUUCCAUGAAAGACU